AUGACAACCAACACUGAAGAAACUCCAAAAUCAACCAACGCGAACAAAUCUUCUCAGGGUUACCUAAAUUUUUCAGACCCAUUCAACCCAUUCCGAAUUGAAACUGGUGACAAUCCUGCUACUGCUUUGGUCUCUGACCUCCUCGACACUGAUAACUAUGUCAGCUGGUCGCAUGCCAUUAGUCGAGCUCUUUGGGCGAAGAAUAAGCUCGAGUUCAUCAAUGGGACUCUUCUCAAACCUGUGGAUAUUUCAGAUCCUCUUUUUGAAGCCUGGGAGCGCUGCAACGAUUUAGUGGUGUCUUGGUUGCAAAACUCUGUAAGUGCUUCUGUUAAAUCUAGCUUAGCUUUGGUUGAUGAUUCCAGAACCUUGUGGGUUGAACUCAAGGAUCGAUUUACUCAUCAAAACGGUCCCAGUAUAUUCCAACUUAAACGUGAUUUGACUGGUUUAUCACAAAACCAAGACUCUGUUAGCUUGUACUUUGGUCGCUUGAAAGCCUUAUGGGAUGAACUUGCUAUCUAUGAUCCACUUCCCAAUUGUGACUGUGGGAAAUUGAAAAUUCUUCAUGAUCGUUAUGAUCGUGAUUGUGUCAUUCAAUUUCUCAUGGGACUAUCUGAAUCCUACUCUAAUACCAGAGAUCAGAUUAUGCUCCUUGAACCAUUACCACCCCUCAACCGUGUUUUCUCUAUGGUCCAACAACAAGAAAGACAACACCAAGUAAUUUCUACUUCCGCACCUUCUGAUCUUAUGGCCAUGAUGGCCAAACCAACUUAUUUCACCACCAAACAUAACCCUAAAUUCUCCAAUUCCACCAGUCCUAAAGGAAAUAGACCUUAUUUCUCCCAUUGCAAAAUCCCCGGUCAUUUGCUUGAGAAGAACUGUUUUAAAAUUGGAAAUGCUGAAGCCCCUGUGUGCUCACAUUGUCACAUGACUGGCCACAACGUUGAGAAAUGCUACAAGCUACACGGUUACCCUACUGGUCACAAGCUACAUGGAAAACUGAAAAAUAUUACAGCAGCUGUCACUUAUGGAACUUCUUCUCCAGAUGUUGAUCAUGACCCUCACUCUAUUGAACCUGUGCCACUCACUAAGGACCAGUACCAGCAGCUUCUUGCUCUUUUACACUCUAAUAACGGCAGCACACCUAUGGCUUCCAUUGCUGCUGCACAACCUUCUUCUUCCUCGCCUACUAACCAUAUCAACCCUUCUCAUGUUUCUGGACUCAGCUUCUUGGACAAUGAUUGGGAUGGGUGA